AUGUCGAUAGCAGAUGUAUGCCGUGAGACGUACAGGUUGUCCGACAGUGCUAUAGAGAUGCUAUUGGAGGAAGACAAGAAAGAAAGCAUCCGCUCAGCCUUGCAAAUGCUGGAGAGCAAGGUGGAUCAACUACCAAGAGGCUACGGCAACCACUUAGAGCGACUCAGCGCUGACUUCGAAAAGUGGACGACCGAUCUACUAGAAACGGUAGAUGCAACGGAAGAAGAAGAAGUGGAAACAAACCUUAUCAAAGGUGACGGGGCAAAAGACGCAAGAGAUAUUGUGCUUACUCGGAAAGCCGAGGCCGAGCUCAAGAAGCUAGAGGCAGAGCAAGACAUAAAAGCAGCCGAAAAGGAAAUCGAAGAGUACGACGAGAUCGUGAAGAACAUAGAAGCAGAAGGAGAGAAGUUGAAGGCAGGCCGUCAAGCAGUCAGGGAGACGUUGCAAGUGUCGCAACGAGUGCUUGAAAUGCUACAGAGCACAACAAAGCAGCUACGCACUGUGACAAGCACAAACGAAGAAGUAAAGAAGAACUUGUUUCAAGAUGAAGAAAAGAAAGAAAAUGUGCAGUUGCAGAUGCUACGUAUGAUGAUGCGAAAGAGAAAGAGCGGAAUGGAAACCCCGCGAAGUGCGGAAACCCCACGAAGUGCUCCAAGCGAAGAUGAAAGCCAGAGAAAGCGAACCCGUGGGACAGACAGGCCAAAUGAGCCUAAGUUCCCGCCAAAGCCAAAACCUGAAGCGAAGGCUAAGACAGCUCCAACAAUCCUGAAAGAAAAGGAAGAAAAGGAGAAAAAGAUUGAAAGCCCGCAGCCAUCGAGAAAGGAAAGAAAACGAGAGCUUGAAGGAGUUCAUGAUAAAUGGCUGACAAGAGAAUACAAGACAGGGCGAUGCUUCCAUUGUGGCUUCAAUGUCUUCGACCCGGAGUUAGGAAAGAAAAGGAUCGCAGUCGGAUGGGGAAACCAUACCGUCCAGAAAUGCCGGCUGAACACGACCGGUAUCGAUCCUAGCAGGCCGGAAAAGCCGGAAAAGCCGAAAGUCAAGAAAGCCAAAGGGGAUGAAAGAGUGAUAGAUGUUGAAGCUGAAGAAGAGAAAGAAAGAGAGCCGAAGAGCUCUACCGGCUCAAGUUCAAGUGCCAAGCCGAAUAUCUUCGCAACGCCGGAAGGUAAAGUCAUUCUCAAUCCCAAAUGGGGAGAAGAGCGACCUCGAGCAGAGGAAAAGAAGAUGCCAAAGAAAACGAAAGAAAGCAAGGAUAAGGAAAAGAAAGAGAAAAAGGAGCAGAAAGACAAGAAGCACAAGAAAGACAAGAAAGAAAGAGAGAGAAGGGCCGAGAGCCCGGAGAAGGGACACGAAGAGCCAGAAGAUGAAGAGAAGAUGAAAGAAAGGAGCAUGCGACAAAUGUGA